AAGCAGUGAAAGACUUUCUGGACAAACUCUGGAUUAUGUUGGAUUUCAUUCUGGAAUUUGCUGCAUCUGUCCACGACCCGAGAGGAAACCUGCUUUAUCAAACUUCAUAGCUUCUCUGUCUUCCCCGCUCUCCAUCCUCAGUGAUGGCCGAGUGGAGCUGGGUGGUUUACACAGUAGUUGAAGUAUUGAUUUCCGUGGCCUGUUGCUUGGGCAACAUGUUGGUGGUGUGUGCGGUGUGUGUUGGCCUGCGGGAUUCCCUUCGGGAGCCUACCUUCUGCUUCCUGGUCUCCUUGGCAGUGGCUGACUUCCUGGUGGGUGUGGCUGCUGUGCCCCUGGCCGUAUUAUUGGACGGAUGGGUGAGUUUGACCCCGGACCUGUGCCUGCUCCUCAGCUGUGUCGUGCUUGUGCUGACUCAGGCGUCGGUGCUGUCAUUGCUUGCUAUCGCUGUGGACCGAUACCUGCGGUUACACAUACCACUCAGAUACAAAUCCCUGGCGACACCGAGGCGCACGUGGUUGGCCGUGUCUAUGUGCUGGAUACUUUCCUGUCUACUGGGGUUCACCCCUCUGUUUGGCUGGAAAAACUACUCCUCCCUUACCUCUGAUUCCACCAAUGCAUCCUCCUCUUCCUCCAUCUUGCCACCAUGCACCUUCCUCUCUGUUAUUUCUCUCUCCUUCAUGGUCUACUACAACUUCUUAGGUUGUGUAAUGACACCCCUAUUGGUCAUGAUGCUCCUCUACAUUCGAAUCUUCUGGAGCCUUCAGGGCCGGCUGAAGGACAGCUGUCCUCAGGCCCGGGCCUCUCUGCUCAGGGAGAGGAGGCUGGCCUGCUCUCUGGCUCUGGUUCUCAUUUUGUUUGCCAGCUGCUGGAUUCCUCUGCACCUGAUGAACUGUCUGCUGCUGUUCCAAGGACCGCAAGCUGUCCCGCGGGGGGUGCUCUAUACAGGUAUCCUCUUGUCUCAUGCCAACUCAGCCCUCAACCCUGUGGUCUACGCCUACCGCAUCCCAAAGAUCCAGCAGGCCUACAGUCAAAUAUGGAGGCGAUUUCUCUUGAGGCUCAACUGUUGCCACAAGGACGAGCAGGUUCCCCGAUCAAUAACAAGCAGCCUGACCAAUCACACGGAGAAGUGUGGUUCGGGAGGGAAAGCCACACCCUGAGACAGAACUGCAGGGUCGUUCUACGUACAGUAUGUUUGAGGAUGUAGUUUGUGGAACACACUCAAGACAACAGGUUUAUCACAGAAACAUAUUGGGUGAGGCAAUGCAGACAGCCUGUGAUGUUUACAUUUCUAGAACAAAUGGAACCCUGCAUGUCCCAGUCGCCCAUGACAUUCAUUUUUCUUUCCCUAAUCGGCAAACUUUAUUCUAGUCAGAGCUAUCUCCUUUGACUCCACUAGAGGGUGGUCUACACUAACAAACUUGAGAGCUGUUGUUGUGCACACACCAUGAAACCAUCACAACAGUGUCUGACAAACAGAUGAGUUAAAAGCCUCAUUCACUGGUAUUUGGACAACUGUUUUGAAGCAAGUAUAACUUUUAUUGAGAUGUACAUAUAUCUUAAGAAAGCCACAUGACAUGUUCAAUCCAUUUAACAUCCUUUGCAGCACAUGUGUACCUGAUCCUUUUUAUUUCAUAUGGACGAAUAAACGUGAUACCUGGGCCGGGA